AUGGCAGUCACUCCAGCCAUCAUUCAACGCGGCAAGCGGACACUUCAUGCUUCGCAACUACAGAGGCGGCAACAGCAAGAUAAUAGCGGUUUCAGCGGCAGUGCUGUGACCAUUGCAAUUAUAUCCGUGGUCAUCGUGGUCAUCACAGGCUCCGUAGUGUUGUACUCCUUCCUCCGACGAUGGAAAAACCAGGGCAAAAGCCCGAAAUACAUACCAACACAAUUCCUAAAAUCAAAAUGGCAAAACUGGUCACCAGGAGGCAAAUACUCGCAGGUCCACAAUCGAGAUUUAUCGUCGAGCACCGCUUAUAACGGUGGUGGAGGGACGAGCGGAGCCGCCAUAGACCGAAAUGCCAGUGUACGAAGCACCAUGACCUUACCCGCCUAUUCUCGAGCCCCCAAAGACUCGGAGCAGGUUAUUGGCCGGGAAGGUGAAAGAGGCGGUAUGGACACGGUGAUUGAGUUCCCGGAAACCCAGGAGGCAGAAGAGGCUCGUCGAGAAGACCAAAUGGAAUCUCUCUAUCAGAUCCGACUUGCUCGGCGGCGGGAGAUUGCAGAACGAGAAGAAAGAAGACGAGAACGAAGAGAAGCUCGUGACCGGGGCGACAAUGCCAGAUUAGAAGAACUUCGAAGAGAAUCCCGCCAACGAGCCACUGAAAGUGCCACUUCCCUGAACGGCGGUGUCAGCGUUUCAGCCGCCACCCUCAUCGCCGAACAUCAAUCCCGAGGACGAGAGCGAAGAGUCUCAAGCGUUGCCUACGGCUCUCUAGGCGAAGUACGACACGACGGAACCAGACUACGAGCGAACAGCAACGAUUCCGAACGCGGCGGACUCCUCAGCGGCGCUGCACCGAUGGGCGAAGAAUCCAGCACAGGAGGUCGCCCACGCCUUCUCUCCGACGCCACCUCCUUCACCAAUGUUUCUCGCACUCACACUCGCGACGCCUCCAUCAGCGAUAUGAGCAUCUCGAGCAUGGGCUCAGACCAAGACCAACCCACCGCACGAGCAAUAACACCAGUCUCGACACAGCCCGGCGACCGCUCCCGGCCGGAAACCGCACAAAGCAACAAUACCAACGGCCCGGAUAGCGGGACCAGCAACUCCUCUCCCACCGCCAACAGAUUCACGCCCGACGAAAGCACUGGGUCCGAAGACAUUGGCGAGUCGCGGAUCCCUCACGCGGAUCUCGAUGAAGCGAACCGUCCCCCUGACUACGACUACCUCGACUGGGGUGAUGCGCCCUCCUACGAGGUCGCUGUGGCGCGUCGUGCAGCCAGUAAUGCCAGCCGACUUGCUCAAGCUGGGACGCUGAAUCGUGCUCCCAGUAGUGGUGCGCCACAGCUCCCGCAGCUCAAUCUGCCAACGAUCAGUGUUUCAGACGCCACGACGCCAAAUACGCCUGUUAGUCCCGUUGCUGGUGCUGGGAAUCAGACUGGGCAUACUUCGGCUGGGUAG